CUGUCUACCAAUGGAUCAUAAAGCCACAAAGCAUAAUAAAAGAGAACGAAUUGUUUCUCCCUGGUCGGAUGUCAUUUAUUUACAAUAUGUGCAUCAUGGCUUCAUAAUUGCAACACAGUACAUUCUCUAUUCAUGAACAAUUGGGGCGAUCCAAUAGAGGAGGAGGGACUCACCAAUGACAUCCCAACAACUCUUCAUAGGAGCAAAGCUGAUUGCCCUGUUCCAGAGGAGAUGGUAACCGUCAGUGUGGAUGGUUCUGUACUUGACAGGAUUGCUAAAAUUAUGACAUACCUUCGACUUGGAUCUUCAGGGAAGGUCUUAAAGAAAAAGAAAAAGGAAAGAGACACAAAAGGGAAGAGCAAUUUGGCGAGUAGUAACUGUGAUGAGGCAGUAAAACCUUUGCAAAGUAGCAGUUCUGCUCUGAAACACCAAUCAGAAAAGAAUAUGCCGCCACCGCCGCUACCCCCUCGGAACAAUGAUUCCAAUGGAAAGGAGAAACAAUCUAGAGCUGACGACGAUGACAUUUUCGUUGGUGAUGGAGUUGACUAUUCUGUUCCUAACAAGGAAAUGAGCCGGAGCCCUAUUUCUGAGGAUAUGGAAGAAUCCCCGCGUAACCAUCAGAAGCAGUCCUAUUUCGCAGAACCCAUGUAUGGCCCAGUACCACCAUCUGAACCUGCUCAAGCUUGGCAACAGCCGAAUGGUUAUGAUACUGUUCAAGCCCAAAUGGUAGCAGCUGGAUAUCAAGGCGAUUGGUCAGGCUAUGUGUAUGCAGAACAGCAGUUGGGUUAUCCAGAACAGUAUGUGCAACAAAACACUCAGGAAUAUGAUGUGUUACCUGAUCCUAGUAUAGCCCAGGAUCCUAGGUUCAUGACUCAAGCAGACAAGGAUCGGGGUCUAGGUUCUGUUUUCAAACGUGAUGAUCAAAGGCUUAAUCAGCUGAGGGAAAAAGAUGCACGGGAGAAAGAUCCAAAUUUUAUUUCGGAUAGCUACUCAGAGUGUUAUCCUGGUUAUCAGGAGUACCAUAGUGAGAUUGCAGGGAGCGAUGAUGAAGAUGAUUUAUCAAAGAUGGAUAUGGGUGGACGGGCUAAGGGGCGUCUGCAUAGGUGGGACUUUGAGACGGAAGAGGAGUGGGCGAAAUACAACGAUCAGAAAGAAGCCAUGCCGAAGGCCGCCUUCCAGUUUGGGGUGAAGAUGCAGGACGGCAGGAAAACGAGGAAGCAGAACAAGGACCAGAAGCUCACUAAUGAUCUCCACAAGAUCAACAAGAUCCUUGCUAGGAAGAAGGGUGAGAAAGAUGGAACGGAUGAUGGCGGCCAUUACGAUGAUGAUUUACCUAGCGCGAAGAAGCAAUGCGGCUGACACAGCUCAAUUUUAGUUCCUCGUUGCAGAAAGCGUAAGUUAUGUGCCAUGUUUAGCUGGCAGCUGAGGUGUGCAGCCUUUGUUAAAGGUGGCUGGUACGAAAUUUAUGCUCUUGACUCUUGCUGAAGCAAUGGAAGAAGUAUGUUUGUAUAUGUUCAGGGAGGCGCUGCUGAAUACAGUUUGAUUCAACGCGCUGCUCUUGUUGAUUCUGGUCUGCCCCUUGGGAUGAGGUUAACAUUUGUAACAUGUGCUGAUGCACUGGUUGCCGGCCU